UUUUUGAAUUUACAGGGAUUGAUGUCAAAAGAGAUGGCUAAAAUAAAUCGAGAUGUGCUAAUGCUAAGAGAAGAUCAGGCUCCUAAAGUUGGAGCAAGCUUGAGCCAAUCUGAACCAAGGAAGAUUUCAAUGGUUGGCAUUAAACCUCACAUACCUGACUUAAAUGUGAAACCUUGUUCUGAUUUCGAUGAGGAAGAAAAAGGAGAAAUUGGAAAAGCAUUUCAGAAUCUUGCAGGUUUAAAAACUCAUGAUGCCUGUUAUGUUGAUCAUAAACUUUUGUACGAGCUUGAGGUCGAGAUCAUUGCUCGUCUGCCAUGCUUUGAAUACUGGAAACUGCAGUUUCUUAACAAGAAAUUCUUGCAGUUAUUAAAGAGCUGUGAAAUUUUCAGGGUGAGACAAGAAAGGGGACUUGUGAAACCCUAUGUGAUUUUGCAUUCAGGAGCUGUAUCUAAUUGGGAAAUGUUUGAUAAGGAUUUUAAAACCUUUCGGAGACUUCCUAAAAUUCCUUCUUCUGACUAUUGCUUUUUCUACAGCGGUAAGGAAACAGUUAGUGUGGGUACUCAACUAAUUGUCAUAGGGAAAGAAAGAGAUGAAAUUGUGGUGUUUCGUUAUGAGCUAGAGAAUCAUAAGUGGUUCAAAGGUCCUUCAAUGAUCACACCGAGGGCCAUGUACGGUUCUACGAGCCAUGGUAAAACCGCAUUUUUUGCAGGAGGCAUUAAAAUGGAUGAAAAUGGAAACCAUGUUGUUGUGCAAACUGUAGAAAAAUAUAAUGCUGAUACAAAAAGGUGGACUAUGAUUAAUGGAAUGCAUAAAACAAGGAAGUUCAGCUCGGAAUGUUUCUUGCGUGGAAAAUUUUACGUCCUCGGUGGCCGAGAUGAUAAUGAUAAACACCUCACUUGUGGAGAAAGUUAUGAUGAGACGACAGAUUCUUGGGAGUUGAUACCUGACAUGCUAAAAGACAUGACAGUCAUUGCGCAUUCCCAAUCUCCGCCCCUUAUUGCUGUGGUUGAUGACAAUCUAUACAUGUUAGAAACAUCUUUGAACGAGCUUCGGGUAUAUGAUAUAAACACAAAUAUUUGGAAGAAAGUUGGUGUUGUCCCUGUGAGCGCAAACGCUGCCUUCGGUUGGGGGAUUGCGUUUAAAUCGAUGGGAGACAGACUUCUGGUGAUUGGAACUUCUCACUCUUGGCAUAGGAAGACAGUAGUUCACUCAUGCCGUCCUUCUCCAGACGUGGAAGAGCAGCACUGGGAAGAAAUAAAACAUUGGUGUGUUGGUGCUGAACUCCCACAGUUUAUUCAUAACUGUUGUGUGAUGUUUGCUUAAAGUUUUUUCCAAGGAAAGCUUGGAAACUUAUUAAUUUGUUUUUGCAUUUGUGCUUAAAGUUGUUGCAUUUGGUUUUAAGUUGUUUGGUUUGUGUUUUUCUGAUUUUUUUUGUUUUUCAUUUGGGAUAAAAAUGUUGUUGUUUUUCGCUUGUUUUAAGUGCUUAUGUUUGUGAAAAAAUACUAAUGUUGUGUAUGUAAUGGUUAUUUAUUUAUUUUGGUUUUGCUUUUUCCCUCUUCAGCCAUAAAUGUCAUGUUCAGUUAAAAUCGCCAUCUGGUUUCAGUUUAUUUUCCAAAAUUUUAGGUUUGUAAAAGUUAUAACACAUUAAAAUCGUAUCUUAAUUUAUUUUUUUAGUUCGGAUAACUAGAAGUUUAAGGUCAUUUGGCUUUUCAACCAUAAACCAUGGCUGUAUCUAUUUUUAUUUAAAAAUUCCUUAUUUGAUUUUAUAUGGUUACAUAAUGGAUUUUCUAUAAGAUUUUACUAAAAUAGGGAAUAAAGUAAUUUAGUUUUGGUAAUUUUAAUAUAUCAUUUUAUCGUAUUUUGUGUAAAUCCAAUAUUUAUUAUUUACACAGAGGUGCGGAAAAAUAAUGGAGUUGUAAAUAGUUAGAAAUAAAAAAACAACAUUUAUAAAUAUGUGCAUAUUUAUCUACAAAUAAUAAUAAGGAUAGGGUUGUUAUUUCUUAAUAUUAUUACAUGUCAGUUCGAUAUUAGCGGCUUGAUCUAUAUAACUAUUUAUUAGAUCAUCUCAAUUUCAAAACUCUUUAUUGUUUAUCCAAGAUCAAUGAUUUGAGUUCGCAAUAUUUUAUUUCCUUGAAGCCGAUUUAAAGAAUCUCUGAAGCUAUAGGAGAAUCGAAUUUUUCUUCUGAGAAGUGAACAUUGUAAGCUACUGAAAAGGUACCGGAGAAACAAUAAAAUAUAUGUUGCAUUGUAACAUAAAUUCAUUUCUUUAUAUUCUCAGAGUAGCCAAAUACAGUUUGGUUCGAAUCAGGUUAAUCAUAGGGUAUUAAAUUAAUACUCGACUUUCGAUUUAUAAAUUUAAUGUGUUAUAUACACAAAUAGACUUUGAUCGAAGAAAAUAUACAAACUGGACUUUCAUUAUAGAAUGA